AUGGCUUCCAAACUGCCUCUACCAGCUCCACCGCGUACCCCGACGCCGCCUCCUGAUGAGGACGCGCCCCAGCCCGUGGGUCUAGGAUUCGAGGGCGAUCUGUCUUCCAGGACGCUGGCCUCGACCGCAAACGGGCUGCUGUCGCCCAUGUCGGCGACGUUCCCCUCGAAACAGUAUGCCACGCUUGCGCCCGGCGACUCCAUUUCGCAGAGGGCCUCCCCCGCCGUGCUCUACACACCAGCAAGCGCAACCUUUCCUUACACACCCGCGAGCGCUGCCAGCGGGGCCAUGGACACGGAUGGGCCCUCGUUGAGCGGAUCGGAGAACCCCAAUCCAUUCAACUUUCAGUCUGUCACGUACCAACCAGGGCAGCCGCAGGCCAAAAGCAAUGAUGUUGGACGAAGACGAGGACACAAGUACAAGCACAGCAGUGUAUCGCACCAGAUAUUUCUAGAACCCGCCCCGCGCGCGCCCCUCCAGCUCCCCGCCUCGCUGCCCAUUCCGACGUUUAAAGAGUACCGGUCGUCCAUGUCCAAGGACCAGAAGCUGCGCCUGGCAUGGUGCUUUUGUCACUUGGUCGUAGCUGGGCUGGUUCAAUGGGGCGCACACGAGUCCCUAGCCCUGACGGUUCUGUCCCGCCUGAUAUUCUACGAUGCAUUAGGCGCAUUUUUGUGCGUGGCUGUAGACGUCGGAGCAAACUUUGAAGUGUGGAAGCGCUCGAGCAUCCGUCACCCAUUUGGCUUUGAGAGGCUGGAAGUCAUCGCCGGGCUGGGCAUGUCGGUUGGCCUACUGUUCAUGGGACUCGACCUGAUCUCUCACGGACUAACGCAUGCACUCGAAAACGCUGGCGGACACCACGCGCAUCAUGCCGAGGGCCAUGAGCGUGUUUCACCAGGUAGCAUUGAUCUUGCUGCGCUGAGCGGAAUUGUGUCGACACUGGUGUCGGCUAUUGUGCUCAAGAACCAUGCCCGAAUUGGGAAGGUGAUGAGGCUGGGGGCGAUUGCUAAUCUGCCCUCGGUACUCAGCAACCCGUCGCACUUUUUGACGCUGUCGUGCUCGUCGCUGCUCCUUGUGCUGCCCCUGUUGAGCAUACAAAUGUAUGUGUGGCUGGACCGGACACUUUCCUUUUCGGUUGCGUUUUCCAUGGUAGCACUAGGGUGGAUCCAGGGAUGGACGCUGGGCAAGAUGCUGCUCAUGUCCUACUCGGGACCGGGGGUGUCGGAAGUGGUGCACGAGCUCGAGGCGGAUCCUGCAAUCCGGACGGUGGAGGAGGCAAAAUUUUGGCAGGUGCACUACGGGUUGUGCCAGGCCAAUCUGAAGGUGCGCGUCAGGAAUAUGGAGGAGAUUGGGCGUCUCCGGGACCGUGUGGGCAGCCUGGUGCGGAACCGGUUGGGCGGCGGGUACGGGAGCGGCGGGCAGAAAUGGGAGGUGUCGACCCAAAUUACUCUGGAAAAGGACUGA